AUGUCGCAAAAUGUAUUCAAAAACACUGUGACUGAAUACUUAGAGGGGCUUCCUCAACAGGUGCAAUCGAGACUUUACCGUUCGCCUGCAACAUGCCUUGCAAUUUAUAGACUAUUGCCCCCAAUGGCGAAAUUCUUUAUAAUGUCAAUGAUAUUUCAGGAUGAAGAAGUUUCAUUGCGUGAUUUAGAUCGUUGGGUGAAGCCAGAUGCUAAGUUUCAGCUUCAUGAUGCAAUUAAGUCCAUGAAGUUACUGCAUAUAAUGAUGGAAGGGCAGAGUGAACAGCCGUUGAUGACUAGGUUAAAUCCAAUAUUUAAGGAGUCCUUUAAAAACGCAUUAACAGGUGGUGAGGUUAACAAUUCAUUUGGAAACCUUGUUGAGGAUGGUGACGAAGCUGUAACUAUGUCUAUGUUGGAUUCAUAUGCUGCUGAUAAGUGGGAGACUAUUUUACACUUUAUGGUGGGUACGCCGCUGACGAAGAGCCCUGGAAGAAAUGUCUUAAAUUUAUUACAGCAUAGCAAUUUGAUGGAGGUGGAUGAGGAUGGAGCUCUUAAAAUCACGAAUGUGGGGUUUCAAUUUUUGUUGCAAGAGCCCAAUGCUCAAAUUUGGACACUGUUAUUGCAGUACCUAAAAAUGGCCGAAACAUUACAGAUGGAUCCUGUGGAUGUGUUAAAUCUGGUAUUUAUGGUUGGAGCGCUUGAAUUGGGAAAUGCAUAUAGUGUGAUUGGACUAAGUGAGACACAGAGAGCGAUGUUGCAAGAUCUUCGAGACUACGGUUUAGUUUUCCAAAAGCAAUCCAAUCUUAACAAGUUCUACCCAACGAAGUUAGCCACUUUAUUGACCUCUGAUGUUGUUUCUAUAAAAAGUGCUUCUUCUGCGGUUGACAGUAUGCUGAAAAAGACAUCAGACGCUGCAGAUAAGGCGGUCAAUGCAAAUGGAAUUGGAGAAGAUGAUCAUCAAGACGGUACCGGUCAAAACAUUCCAGAUGGAGCAUUAAUUAUUGAAACAAAUUUCAAGUUAUAUAGUUAUUCGAAUUCUCCCUUGCAAAUAGCCAUUUUGAGUCUGUUCGUUCAUCUGAAGUCCAGGUUCCAGAAUAUGGUUACUGGUCAGGUUACCAGAGAAUCGAUCAGGAGGGCUUUGCAUAAUGGUAUCACUGCAGACCAAAUAAUUGCAUAUCUGGAGACUCAUGCCCACCCGCAGAUGAGACGUCUAGCAGAAGAAACGUUGGAGAAGAAAUUAGAACUCGAUCCGAACACUAAGGAAAGCUUACAGGUCCUGCCGCCUACUGUUGUUGACCAGAUUAAAUUGUGGCAGCUAGAGUUGGAUAGAAUUAUCAGCUAUGAUGGCUACCUAUUUAGAGACUUCGACAAUUUCCAGGAAUACCAGUCAAUGACACAAUAUGCCAGAGAUAUUGGAGUUUUACUUUGGUCAGAUGACAAAAAACGCAUGUUCUUCGUCUCCAAGGAUGGUAACGCUCAAGUGAUUGACUACCAUAAGAGGAACUUUAAGAAGAAGCAGUAG